CGGAGCUGAUUGUUUCUGGUAAAAGUCUGUUACUAAAGGGCGGUAACUUGCCUGAGAAGUACAAACUGGAGCAGAUGCACUUCCACUGGGGGUGCAAUGACACCCGGGGCUCCGAGCACAGCGUGGAUGGCCAGUUCUUUCCCUUGGAGAUUCACAUUGUACAUCGACAAAACUGUCAACCUGACGUGGAGGAGGCAGCCAAAAGUCCGUUCGGUUUGGCAGUUGUCUCGAUUUUUGUUACGGCUGGCGCUGAAAAUAAGAAGUUCAACCAGCUGGUCGACUUCUUGGAUCAGAUUUCAAACCCAAACGACCAAGUUGUGGUUCCAGCCUUUCCGCUGUCAGAUCUGAUCCCAGAGAGAUACGACUUUUACCGCUAUUACGGUAGCUUAACCACUCCACCUUGCUACGAGUCGGUCAUCUGGUCGACUGGCACAGAUCCAAUUGAGAUGUCCGAAAAACAA